CACCUUGUCCUCUGCAUCAGAGGCAUCUUCGCAAGAUAUUUUCUGGUACGCGAUCGACGCACGUGAGUAGAAGAAAAUGAAGAACGCAGCAGGCAGCUGUCUCGUGCACUGCACGCCCUCCGCCAUUUUGCACGCGCAUCGCUACUGUCUGCCAGCGACUAGUUUCUUGGUUCCGCAAUGCUUAAUCUAAAAGAAAAUACGGCUAGGUUUUAGGACGCGCCAAGGCCUGCUUUACCGCCGAGCUGUGCGGUAGCGACGCCUCGUGUCGGUCAUGAAGCAACGUUGGCAACGUUCUCAAUCUGAUGCCCCGGCUCUGCACCAGGAUGCAGCGAGGACUGGCCGCGGAUUUCGCCUCGCAGCUCAGCAAGACAACAGGUGCGGCGUCGCUCAGCGAUCGGCAACAGCGUGCGUACAGGGCUACGCUCGGUCUCAACCUUCUUGUGGGCGCACGAUACACGGCAGGCAUCCCGGGAUUUUUCCUACUGGCCGCUCUCAGGUGUCAGCGUUCCUUUGGUCCGGGGAGAGUUGCCCACGCGCCUUCGUCAACGGAACAGCCGACAGCUGUAAGCAGCACAGAAGAGGCGGCCCUUGUCAUUCUGGCCGUGAAUCGGUUGGUGCACCCCCGGCGUGGCUCUUCCCACCAGCUUCCGAACCCAAGACGGUGGUUCACAGCAGGCGUAGGGAGCUGGCCGCUGGUGCCGCGUGUCAUCCCAGGCGACGCCUUCACCAGCCUCGGGUUCUCGAAGCCUCCGCCCAACGCCUGGCCAUCGCAGCUGUACUGCGCAGUCUUAGACGCCAUUCCAGCGGUGGGACUUCGCACAAGGGCGACGUUCCUUUCUUGGAGUACACCCACAGCUUUUGCAUAGCUGGCUCCGCGUGUGGCGUCGAGAACUGCGCCGUUGUUGCCUUCGACGCGCGGCCCGGACCCGCGGCGAGCACUACGAGAUCUUCAACUCGCGGGAACUUCUGUGAGGCCAAGCACUCCGCCGUUAUUCUGACUGUGGAGGACUGAUUGUCACACAAAUUUUCAUACUUUUCAAGCAGUACAAGGACGUCUCAGCUGUUGCUUGGAGCGUUAUAGGCUUCCAUAAUAUCGGUUCUACCAACUCUGGCCUGACUGCAAGUCGCACGCACUUUUGCCCUUAUUAAUGCGAGAUCUUGUACUUUUCUGCUUUGCGCAAAUAUAAUUUUACCCAAUGCUA